UUCCCUGACAUUCUAAAACCCUUUCAAUUCAUCCAAUUCUUUUCCGGUUUUUAUGACUUUACUUUUAUGACCUAUAAUUGCCUGUUUGUUUUUAAUUUAUAUUUGUUAUUUUGUAUUGUUAGUUGUUGGUCGUCUGUGAACAUAAAUAAAUACAGAAUUUUUCCCUCAAUACACCGGACACACUUAACCAGGGUUUACCACGACUCAUUCACAAGGUAGUGAGUCACAAAAACUACUAAAACUAUAUAAAAAACGUUAAGCGAGUGCCGUUCGCUACAUAUUAUCCUUCAAGACCGCCUGUUAAAAAGUGAAACCUCAUUUUAACAAAAACCCGCAUCAUUGUCGAAAAAGUGUUAGCUCAUCUGUGACGAUUCUUUUUAGUUAGUGAUCUCGGUGCUACGAAGCAAGACCACUGUGAUGGGUCUCAAAUUAGUAGGAUUGUAUAUUGUAAUAAUAUCCACCAGUUUAUCAUCCGCUUACCAUCGAUACGGCCACUUCAGACCACGUCAAGUUGACAAUGAUUACCAUUAUUCUGAUGAAAUUGACCACUCUCCGAUAGAAGAAGCCAAUCGCGCAUUUUCAGAAGCGUCUGCAUCCGCAGAAGCUUCUUCAUCUUCUGACGAUGAAGACCAUUUUCAUGAAGAAAUACUAAACCAACCAGACGUAGAAGUGAAUGAUAACCCUGAUAACGAAAGAGCUAACGCACCAAUCAACAAUGGCUAUGAAGUGACCGAACAUGUUGAUGACAUUCCUAAUCCUAUGACAAUAAGACCUAUUAUAGCAAAUUUCUCAACUGCCAGACCUUUAAAUUUUGCAGGACCUGCUAGGGCAAAUCGGAAUAGAGCAAAUGGUCGAAACAGGCCAAACAAAAGACGUACUGUUCCUGCUUCCCGUAAUAACGUACGGCAUACACAUGAAGAUUUUUACAGUUUCAAUGAUAUAUUUCCUGAUAUACAAGAAUCUUUGGCAGGUGUUACGACAAGUAUAGCAAAGGGUCUCAAUCAUAUAAAGAAAGAAGUGUUUAAGAAAGUAAAUGAUAUACCUGAUACUUUCUUUAAUACCUUACAUAGAAAAGCCAACGAUGUCGUGGAUAAAGUAAACGAAUAUUUUGAUUACACUAAAAAUGAUGUAGAUGAGUUUGAAACAAAAUCUUUCAUUUGAAAGAAACGAAUAUUUGAUCGAUUGGAAGUCAUUAUAAGUACAAUAUUAAUUUAAUUACAGUAAAUUAGUUUUAUAAUUAACGUGAUGUUUUAUUGAUAUUCUUAAAACGCCUUUGAAAUACAUUC